UAGCAUCAACAUGUACGCUAAGCUGAUCGUCGCUCUGUGCGCUGUGGGCGUAGCCCGCGCUGGUGGUCUCCUGGGAGCCGCUCCCCUGGCCUACAGCAGCCACGCCAUCGCCGCGCCCGCCGUCAUCACCAAGACCAUCUCCCCCGCCGUCUCCUCAGUUUCCUCCUACUCCACCCACACCGCGCACGGCUCCCCCGUGGCCUACGCCGCCGCUCCCGUCUACGCCAAGACUUACGCCGCUCCCGCUGUGACAGCCUACGCCGCUCCCGCCGUCGCCGCAUACUCCGCGCCCGUCGUGACCAAGACCAUCGCUCCCGCGGUGUCUUCUUACUCUUCCUACUCGACCACCACCGCUCACGGCUCUCCCGUCGCCACCUACGCCGCCGCUCCCGUCGUAGCUAAGACCUACGCCGCUCCCGCCGUAGCUGCCUACGCCGCGCCCGCUGUGGCUGCGUACUCCGCUCCCGCUGUUGCCGCGUACUCCGCUCCCGCUGUUGCCGCGUACUCCGCUCCCGCUGUUGCCGCGUACUCCGCUCCCGCUGUAGCCGCGUACUCUGCCCCAGUGGUGACCAAGACCAUUGCCCCCGCCGUUUCUUCCGUCUCCUCUUACUCUUCCCACACCUCCCACGGAUCCCCCGUCGCGUACGCCGCUGCUCCCGUAGCUGCCUACUCCGCUGCUCCAGUGGUAGCUAAGACCAUCUCUACUUACGCUGCUCCCGCGUACACCAGCUACUCUGCCCCCGUUGCGACAUACGCCGCGGCUGCCCCCGUGCUGAAAUCGGCUGUUGCGUACUCUGCUGCACCCGCCAUCGCUUACGGCGCUCACGGUGCCAACUAUGGUUGGUAAACUGAAUCCGAUAUUUAGGUAACAAAUUGUAAA